GUUUUUACGGUAAGCGCCUAGUUGUUGAGUUAGAUUAUUCAGAGCACGCUCCACGGUUUAUUGCAACCUGAGAAUUGCAACAUAAUUUCAAUUGCCCAGCAGUUAAUUUGCACAUGCAGGUCAUGGAAGGCGCAGACAGUUUUACGGCCAAUAGUAAUCGUAGUAGUGCCACGGUUCGGUACAAUGAUGUUUUGGAUUUAGAAGUCGGGCAAACAAAUGGACGGAUCACGAUGAGCUUCGUUCCUCAAAAUCAAAUGUCAAAUGAAAACAUUCCUGAUAACCAACAUAAACCGUCGAUUCAUUCUAUCUUGGAAAACGACAGAAGUAGCUUUCAAAAAGUGCUAACAGGGAAGCUUUACUUGCAGAUUGUACCAACAGCCACUGAAAUGAAACAUAUGAACCGCAUACUAACAAACCAUUUCUUUGGAAAUCAAAUAUUUAACGAGAAAAGGUAUCCAACAGUGCAAGAGAAACAGGACUUAGCGAUCAAAAUUCUCGAAGCUUUUCCUCACCUGAAAAAAACACGAAUGACUCCAGAAGCUCCAAAAGAAUCGUACUUUUUUUGGAAAUUGGGUGGAAAAGAGUCUGGAUACCAUACUGGUAUAAUCGAAACAAGAGUAAGCAAUAUGCGAAAAGAUGUUGCUCCCGAAAACCGACUUUUCAGACAAAAAAAACUCCAACAAACGUGACACCAAUGGAAUCCAUGUACGAAAAUGCCGCGUGUAUUGCGAUGCUCACUCCUGUACCUCAGAACGGCAGAGCUAUUUCAAAUGGCAUGGCUGCUUGCUUCGAAAUCCACAAAUUCAUUUUACAGAAAAAGACCACAGAGAAAACUGAUAUCAUCAUGAGAACAUUCCCUCAUUUUUUACAGUUUGAAGGAACGCUGGUUAGUAGUGCAGCAAGCCUUUGAACGUAUCCACCCGCAGUACAAUCAACAGGCCAACCUCGGUAAAUUCCUUUCUCUGGGAUUAAUGCUAGAAACAGAUUGGAUAGAAGUGGAAGACAAACACGUUCGAGGAGCUUUAAGAGUGAUGAAGAAACUCACUAACCGUAGAAUUCGGCGUACCAUCUGCAAUUCAAAUUUAUCUUUGGCAGAAAUAACCGCAGCACCACUUAUUCAAUGGAUAAAACCGCUAAACAACAAAACAGAUUUUGAGGCCGUGGAGCAUCAAUUAAAUCAAAUUACACAUCCUGAACCACGUAUCAUCUGUGUGUCAACUGUUUUCACCAAGGGAAAUUUGUUCAUCGUAUUAAAAAAAAACAUUCUGCCGUGCGGGAAUGACUCUAUCCGAGCGAUUGACGUGUUGCUGAAACUGUUUGCGGUUUUCGGAAUCAACGUACCGCCACUUCUAAAAAAAUUUUUUGACAUUGUUUCUAUUUACGUUUAUAAGAUUUCUAUUGUUUGUAGAAGUAAUACCGUCGCGGCUCUGUGCUCCAGGUUUCGUGAACUAGAUGAAAGUCCUAGUGAAACUCCUACCCAUUUGUUGAGUUUAAAUUAAAAAUGUUUGCCUAAAUGUUUACCUUUAAAUAUCUAAGUUGCGAUCAGAAACACGUGUUUAAUAAAUUUGAACUGAGACAGCUAUAAAUACGUAUAUG